UUCAUUCUUCAUCUAUCUCCGAUUGUGAUGUGACCUGACUGACGUUCACUCUCCUUGAAGAAGACCCACCUACUUAAAUCUCUUCUCCUCCCUUCCGGAUUGACGCAGAAUCCAGAUCUAUCCCCUCCCCCCACCAUUUGAAAUGAAUUGAACAGGACAAAACCAUACACUCUACAGAAGAGAGUGUGUUUUGUAUGUGCGCGCCCGCGCGUGUCAUUGUGUGCAAAAGAAACGCUUGGGAAUGAUCAAGUAGGAAUUUUUCAACACACACCUAUAUCCCCCCUUUGCUUAACCCACCAUUCAUUCUCCCAUUGGUUUUAUCGUCCUUCUUUGUAUCUGGGUUUUUCUCUCUAUCUAUAAUACACCCUUUAUUACCCACCUCUCCUCUCCUCUCCUCUCCGGCUAGAAGAUUUUGACAUUGUUUGUAGGUCUGCCGACGAUGGAGAGUGAAAAGAAACCUUCUGCAGUGUCCGAUGUUGGCGCUUGGGCUAUGAACGUUAUAAGUUCUGUUGGAAUCAUUAUGGUAAACAAACAACUCAUGUCUCUUCACGGCUAUUCAUUUAUCUUCGCAACAACGUUAACUGGAUUCCAUUUCCUUGUUACUGCUUUGGUUGGAGCUGUAUCUAAAGCUACUGGUUACUCUGCAUCAAAGCAUGUUCCUAAUUGGGAGCUUAUCUGGUUCUCAAUUGUAGCAAAUAUGUCUAUUACAGGAAUGAAUUUAAGUUUGAUGCUCAACUCUGUUGGAUUUUAUCAAAUAUCAAAGCUGAGCAUGAUCCCAGUUGUGUGUGUAUUGGAAUGGAUUCUUCACAACAAACAUUAUUCAAGAGAAGUUAAACUAUCUGUUGUGCUUGUGGUCAUUGGCGUUGGUGUAUGCACAGUAACUGAUGUUAAAGUAAAUGGCAAAGGUUUUUCUUGUGCCUGUGUUGCUGUCUUCUCUACAUCUCUUCAGCAAAUUUCAAUAGGCUCCCUGCAGAAGAAGUACUCCAUCGGGUCAUUUGAACUGUUAAGUAAGACUGCUCCAUUCCAAGCAGCAUCUCUUCUCACCUUUGGCCCGUUUAUUGACUACCUUCUCAAUGGGGAAUCGAUAAUGGAAUACAAUUGGUCUACUGGCGCAUUUGUAUUCAUACUCCUUUCAUGCACCUUAGCAGUCUUCUGUAAUAUCAGUCAAUAUCUCUGCAUUGGACGGUUCUCAGCUGUUUCAUUCCAGGUUUUAGGUCAUAUGAAGACUGUAUGUGUCCUGACAUUGGGUUGGGUGUUGUUUGAUUCAGAGUUGACGUUUAAGAACAUAAUGGGAAUGAUUAUUGCGGUCAUUGGCAUGAUAGUAUAUAGUUGGGCCAUGGAGAUCGAAAAACAAUUGACUAAAAACAGCAUCAUUGAAGAUGAAUUUAGGCAAUUGAAGAAGGGAGUUGAACAUUUUCCUAUGAAUAUGAAUGACGAUGACAUUGAACUAGCCGAGUCCAAGAGAUGAGUCGUCGUCGAGUCGAGGAUGGUUUUCUUAUUAAAGGGUUUAAUUUAUAUAUACAACAACAUAAGAGUAAGAGAGUAAAGGUGGUAUCUAGAUCAUCCUUCAUACUAUUAUUGACUGAUUUUACAUAUAGAUUUAGAAAUUGUAACCUCUAUUACUAUUAUAUAGAAUAUUUUCUUAUUGAACAAUCAAUGUUGGGACAGUGAGGCCAUAAUAUAUUAAAUAUUAUGAAGGGAAUAUAUAGUUUGUUA